GUGACCGUUUCACCGUGGAAUGGAGGAACUUGAAAUUACAAAAUCAGCAAGGUUAUCAUGAUGUUUUUUUUGUAAAGCAAUGUUUGUUAAAUCAGUAUCGGCAGUGUUUAACAUAUCAUUUUAGCCUUUUAGGAUCUCUCAAAAUUCAAAUUGUCCAAUUAGAAAGCUAGGGUUGUAUCACGUGAGCAUGAAAUUUAUAAUCGAAUAACGUCGUAUUAGAUGCAGCGGAUGAUUUCAAUCAAAGCACGUGAGUGAUUGGGUCAUAUCACCUGAGGGGUGUCCGCAAAGAAUCCUCGGGGGCUUCGCCCUUGGGAAAUACCAUCACUUCGGAUGAUAUUUCGCCGAGUAUAAUUGUUAAUAUCUGUUAAAUAUAAUUGUUAUUAUCUGUUAAAGACAACUGUUAAUAUCUGUUAAUAUUUUAUUUGUUAUCUUUAUCAGCUGGCACAUUUUCCUUCCAAUGUUCAAUUCUGAAGAAUGGUACAAUAGUUUUUGCGUAUAAAGAUGUAAGUUUCUUUUUUUGCUAAUUAAAAUAACUUGUUAUGCUACAAAGUUAAUUAUUCUAACAGUGUAUUACUAACUACUAGUUAAAACAUUAGCAUCCGAUUUUUAUCUGAUAUACAAACUCGAGCCGAAGGCGAGAGUUUGUAUAUCAGAUAAAGAUCAGACGCGACCCAUCUUAUGAGUUCAUUGGCGAAGUAAUUUUAAAAAUAAACAUUGUCUAAGCCGCGAAAAUCAAACAUUCAUUUCUUUUGUGUUUUCCUCAUGAAUUAUUAAUGAGUAUUUUAAUUGACUCUUUUCAAUACAUGUGGAUUUGUUUGAAAUUAGAUUCCUGUUCCAGUAAGUGACUUAAAGAGUAAUACAUUCCCUGUGCGAGUUGGCCUUUCCGAUGGCUUUGUCAUUCGUUACGUGAGGUAUGGGAUUUUCCUCAUAGAUGGAAAAUUGUGUAAGUACAUUUCAUAAAUAUCUAGUUGACAAGCUCAAUAUUUUAUAGUAGGUAUAACAGAUUGUUCUACAAAACUGUAUAGACAUCGAGAGUGUGUAUCGGGUGGAGAUGCGCAUGCGUUACAGUAUGUCUUACCGGUCUAAAUAUUUUAAACAGUCUCUAGCUGUACAGCAUCAAGAAUUUAUUUGGAAAAAGUUUCAUUCGCACCAGAACUAGUGGAAUAAUGCCCUAAAUUUUGCAGAAGGGGUAAACCUAGCUAGGGGAAACCUGGAGCGUUUCAAAGCAUGCUGCCCCAGUGAUAUUUUACAAUUCUUCAUGGUUUUGCAAGAUUGGAAAUGCAAUUUCUAAGUAAUUUAUAUUUUGUUAAACAUUGCGCAUUAAAAUCAAUGGCGGACAUUAUAGAGGGGCCAGGAGGAUGGCAAGCCCCUCUAAUAUCUGAAAGGCUUUGAAUGAUAGCUGAUAAUUGUGUACAAAUCUGUAACAAUUAUUUCUCACCCAUGAAAGCAUUGAUAGGCUAUAUACUGCUGCCUCCUCCUCCGGUUCUUCUUGUUAGUAUGCAUAUCAAUUAUAUGUCCGCGUGUAAAGAUUCGCGCCCCCCUCAUUAAUAUUCCGCGCGCCUCAAAAAUUCUUUAGCUCUUAAAUAGAAUAAAUCAAUUUAUUCUUUAAGCGACAGGGGACGAGGCAGUAUAUAUUGCGUGAAAUUUCGGGCAAAAAAGAUUGAGGAAGUAUGAUUUCCGUGAAGUAACAUAAGUUGACAACAUAAUUCGUCCCCCCUCCCCCUCCCUCCCAAUAUUUCACGAACUGCUUACCACUGAUUAAAAUGAAGUAAAUGUAAAAGAAAUACAUUUAGUUGGAUUACCUUGGUCAUCAAAAGAAUAUUAAAGAAUAAUCCACCUGUAGAAUAAUCCAGUUGUAGGUUUGCAUGGCUAUAUUUGUACUGUAUAUUAUUUGCUCCGUUGAAAUCCUGGUUUAUGGAUCGAGUAUAUAUGCAUGGUGUUUCUUGGAAAUUAUCUCGAUGGAAGCAUGGAGAAAAAAGUGAUAUUUAUCAUUUAUAGACCCGGAGCGAGGGGGAUUCGGCGUAAUAUUUCCCGAAGUGAUGAUAUUUUCCGAGGGGCUUUGCCCCGAGGAAAAUAUCAUCACUGAGGGAAAUAUCGCCGAAUCCCCCGAGCGGAGGGUUUAUAAAUUCAGGGACGAAGAAAGAAGUCACAGAUAUAAAGAGAAGCAUUGAAGGCCUUGAAGAUAGAGUAAAUCGUAACGAGAAUGAUCUGUAUAACAGUAACGUGGCUUUGGAUGAUGUUCAACAGUAUUUACGCCGUGACUGCAUCGAAAUUACAGAUAUACUACCGCUGCUAUUAGAUAGUCUCAAACAACUAGCAGUCCAAGUAGGCGAAAUGAUUGCCUUCCACCAACGAAGAAGGUAAAGAAUCGUAUCAUUGUAAAGUUUGUUUACAAAGUUUAAAGGCGUUUUACAAAAGUCGAAGUAAAUUGAUUGGGAAAAAGUCCAAAGAUGUACCGCUAAUUGCAUCUGAAUAUGGUAACAAUAUUCAUGAAUUGGAAAACAACAAACUAAAAAUGGCUUGCGCACGAAAUUUAAAAGCUUUAAUCAUAUUUUGAGUUAAUAGAUGGAAAUUGUGUUGGGUUUUUAAUUACUGUACAAAAUUUCGGACAAUUUGCUUUAGUUUAAGCCCUUUAACUAUUUACGCAAACUUACAUUUUUCCUAAAAAAUCAGCUAUUUGCAUGCUAAUUAAUGCCUUUGCCUAAUUUGCAUAUGUCAGAAUAUGCAAAUUAGGUAAAUGCAUUAAUUAAGCAUGCGAAAGGCUGAUUUUUUUAGGAAAAAAAUGAAUAGUUAAAGGACUUAAACUAAGGCAAAUUGUCUGAAAUUUUGUACAGUAUAUAUAUAUAUAUAUAUAUAUAUAUUCUGACUUGAGUGGUGCACUGCGAUAUACUUUUUGCUCAUGUUUGUAGAAUAAUAAUUAACAAACAACUAGGUGGACAAAACAUACACUUUAACGAAUAGAUAGCACUAUAUAUAAUCACAAAAGAAUCUCAAAAUUCGAGAGUUGUUGUUUCAAUCUUGUUUCCCAACGAUAGCCAAUUUAAUCAAUAAAACGUUCCUAGAACCAAUACAAGAUUUUAACCCCUUACCACCAACUUAUUUACAGCAUGCAGAGAGAACUUAACCAGAGUUCUGCGCCACUGAGUAUCAACUUAUUAAAAGUCUAUCAUUAUUAAACCCAAGGAAGUCCACAGGACCAGAUGAUAUCCCAGGCUGGGUUCUUAAAAAGAAAAUGCAGAUAUUCUGCAUGGCUCGAUCGAUCUCUGAUAUUUUAAACCAAUUAUACUGUGAAACUCGUUUACCUUAAUCCUGGAAGAGUCCAAACAUUACUCCAAUACCAAAAGAAAAGCCUGUGCGUAAUAUAAAUAAACAUCUUCGCCCUAUUUCCCUGACUCCGAUAAUAUCGAAAAUUUCUGAGAGUUUUGUGGUGGAAACUUUUGUUAAACCAGCAGUGCCAAAGACCGAAAAUAGACCGAAACCAGUACGGAACAAUCCCAACCUAAAGUACUGUUCAUGUACUUAUAAGUAUGAUUCAUGAAUGGAACUGAUCCACAGAUUGUAACGGUGGAACAACGAGAGUAAUUUUGUUCGACUUUAGAAAAGCAUUGAUCCAUCUGACCGACCACCACCUACAAGUCCGGAAAUUGAAAAGGUAUGAUUUACCUUCGUGGACACUGGACAGUUCACUGGAUAACCGUCAAACGAAACCAGGAUUGCUACUCGGAAUAGGAAUUAGUCACAGCGGGUGUCCCCCAAUUAAGGCACAUUGUUACUUGUCAGGCCCAUGGCUAUUUAUUGUAAUGAUGAACGAUACUGAACCUAAUAAUUGGAAGUAUGUCGAUGAUACAACUAUGUCAGAAUUUGUUAACAAAGGAGAAAUGAGCUAUAUUCAACAUGAAGCAGACGAAUUCACCGCGCAAGCUCAAGCAAACAAAUCCCAGUUUAAUGAACGAAAAUGUAAUGAGUUGCCUAUUGGAUUUAGUUUGAACCCAACACAAUUCGAUCCCAUCCUAAUCAACAGCAACCCGGUUGAUGUGGUUGACUACGCUAAGAUUCUUGGCCUAAAUGUUUCUAAUAACCAGUUCUAGUGGAACAAACAUGCAGUUAAUGAAAUAAUUAAGAAAGCCCGAUAGAGACUAUAUUGUAUAUAUCCUUAAAAAACUCAUUAAUAAUAAUUCAUGACGAAAACACAAAGAAAAAUCAUAAGCGUGUCGUAUCUGUAUAUGUGAUACAGAUUCAUGUUGAUUUACAUAAACUUUAACUUUGAUUUUCUCGGCUUAGACAACGUUUAUUUUUAAAAUUACUUCGCCAAUGAACUCAUAAGAUGAGCCGUUUUUUAAGUUGUUUACAACAUUCGCGUCCGUGUUGUAUCAGAUAUACAAACUCUCGCCUUCGGCUCGAGUUUGUAUAUCUGAUACAACACGGCCGCUCAUGUUGUAAACAUUACAUAAAAGCAGCUCCUAAACUGAACAGAACUGUUUUUGAUUACCGUAGAGGGAAUAUGGACGGACUACGUUCAGCCUUAGCGAUGACUGAUUUUUCGAACAUAAUCGAUUCAGGAGAAAAUGUUGAUGACUGUUGGGAACAAUGGAAAAACACAUUCCUUAGCAUGGUGAGAAAUUACAUCCCAACCAAGAAGAUCAAAGGUAGAAAUUCUCCCCCUUGGAUUAAUGGAAGCAUUAUUCACGAGAUAAGGAAGAAAGAAGCGGUGCGACGGAAGUUAAGAUCAUCUCCAUCUGAUGUCCUUCUUGCUAAAUUUAAAGAGCUACGAAUCAAAGUUAAAAAAAUGGUCCGUGAAAGUCGUGAAAGAUUUUACAAUUCUCUUGAUGGCAUCUUCCAAACAAACCCAAAGCGAUUUUGGUCGAUCUUCAAGCUGAACAAUAAACAAUAAAGUGUUCCAGAUAUUAUGUCAAUGAGAAAUGCUGCUGAACCUGAACUGUGUGUGUCUACUCCUACUGCUAUAAUGUGUCUACUCCUACUGCUAUUGCCAAUCUAUUCAAUCGCUACUUCAUAUCAGUGUUCAACACUGAUCAUGAUAACCUGGAUGAACGUUCCUCUCCACCAUCAUCUCCACCUUCAACGUCAGGACAGUCAGACCUCCAACUAACAAUAGAAGAAGUCGCAAGAACACUCUUAGCGCUAGACACCACCAAGGCUACUGGACCUGACGGAAUACCAUCUCGACUUUUAAAAGAAACUGCGUGGCAGAUUGCACCUUCCCUCACCCAAAUAUUUAACAAGUCGUUAAGCUGUGGCGAAAUACCUGAUGAAUGGAAAUUAGCAAACAUUGUUCCGGUACACAAAAAAGGCGAAAAGAGCCAAGUAGAGAACUAUAGACCUAUCUCCCUUCUUUCCAUAAUAUCGAAAGUGCUAGAACGUUGUGUCCUGAGAAAUAUACGUGAUCAUUUGCUGCAAUUAAUCAAUGAUAGCCAACAUGGUUUUAUUCCCGGAAAGUCGUGUACAACUCAGCUAUUAGAGGUUCUUGACUAUAUUGGUUCACUUCUGGACGGUGGCAAGCAAACUGAUGUAGUCUACAUGGACAUGUCCAAGGCAUUCGACAAAGUCCACCAUAAAUAUCUGAUAAGCAAAUUAUGGAACGUCUAUGGCAUCUCUGGUAAACUCCUUCGCUGGUUUGAGUCAUAUCUGAUAAAUCGCAAGCAACGUGUGACUGUGCUAGGAGCUACAUCCUCCGCGAGACCUGUCCUGUCAGGAGUUCCACAUGGUUCAAUAUUAGGUCCCAUACUGUUUCUGCUGUACGCGAACGACCUGCCGGAUGCAGUAGAGCACUCCAAGAUCGCCUCCUUCGCCGAUGACACGAAACUAUUUAAGAAAGUUGAUUCCACUUCCGAUGCCAUCUCCUUACAAAGUGACCUGAGUAGUUUGGAGAACUGGUCAACAUCUUCUGGCCUUGUCUUCAACCAAGACAAAUGCAAAUGUCAGCGUGUAACAAGGAAAAAGAAUCCUAUUAAAUACGAAUAUAAGAUCAAUAACAAGUCCCUGGUGGUCACCGAAAAAGAGAAAGAUUUAGGUAUAUGGAUUACGGACACGUUAAACUGGUCUUACCAUACCCUCGAUCGCUGUGCGAAGGCAAACAAAAUGCUUAGUUUCCUGCGUAGGGCUGCAACGGAAAUUACAAAUGUUAAGAUACGCCGCACACUGUACCUAUCAAUUGUUCGCUCAACGUUAGGUUACGCCACUCAAGUCUGGUCACCACAAUCGAUCGACUUAAUUACGAGGACAGAACGCAUCCAACGACGAGCUACAAAGUUCAUUUUGAAAUUACCAUACGUGUGCGGAGAAACGUACAAAGACAGACUGAUCUCCUUAGACUUACUACCAAUAACCUACUGGCACGAGUUCCUUGACAUUAUGUUUUUCUUUAAAGCUGUAAACAACAUUAUAACUGUCUCGAACGAAAUCCUUCCGCAGCCAAUUAUCCCAUCAAGGCUCACUAGAACCUCGGUUGACACCAACCUGCUCUCUUCCAAAAUCUAAGGCAAAAAGAUCUCUCACUGGUACGAUUUAGAACAUUGUUGCUGGACUACUACCACAACGCUGCCAAGACAUCCUAUGAUGUAGACGAUGCCAGAACGUGGAGAACAGUCUGCUUAAAAUGCAACACAUCACGAAAACUUGUGCAACCAUUAACGUGUUGCUAUUAGUACAUGUACACUAUCAAUUAUGAGUUUCAAUUUAUAAAUUAGUUGUGUGUUUUCUGUAUCCAAGGGCACACAGUAAUUGGUUUUAAGCUGUUGUGGUGACCCCGCCUUUUUGUUGUUGUCACCUUUUUGUCCAACCUUGAAACGUGGAGGCUGGGCGUAUUUGCUGUGUUUCGAUAUGUUUUGUCUAGGUCUAUGCCAAGUCAUGUUGGGCUCAUAAAAAUCAAGCUAUUCUAAAAUUAAUAUAAUUGUAAAAUUAAACCGUCCUAGGUUAGCGGUCAAGGGUGUAUGUUUUUGUUUUACUAUCAUGUUGAAACAUAGACCCCUGUCGCGCUGAAGUUUGCUCGUUUUCGGGUUGGACAGAAAUGGUUGUGUGUACGUGUUGUUUGAUUGUGUAAUUAUAGGCGAAGCUAAAUAAAUAAAUAAAUAAAUAUUUUUUGAGUCAGUUAAAGAGAUCAGGCAUUGCCACAAAGGAGUCGCUCCAAUUUUACACUACGUGUAUACGGCCUGUUAUGGAGUACGCAAGUCCAGUGUUCCAUGAUAGUCUGACCCAAUAUCUAUCGGAUGACCUUGAAUCGAUACAAAGGAGAGCAAUGCAUGAAGAUCAUAUUCCCUAGCUGGGAUUACAUAUGAUGAAGGAUUGAAGCAUUAUAAAGUAUUACUAAUGUCCAGGGACUGAAGACGAGAAGGCAGGAACUUACCAAUAAACUGUUCCUAUAAACUAUUUCAAACGAUUGUCAUAGACUAAAUAGUAUCUUAUCGUCUCGUAAUUUAAUGAUUUUAAUUUAAGGAACAAACAUGAGUUUAAUGUACACUUUCAAACUCAGCAGUAUAAAAACAGUUUUAUAGUACACUGGGAAAAAAAAGUGAAAUCCAUACUACGAAAUUUGCAAUUGCACCACUAAAUCCAUAGUAUAUCGAUACUACUUCCAUACUAUAUCCAUACUAUGAAAAUAUACAAUUAUUAUGGAUAACCAAAAUCCAUUCUAUUUCCAAUAAAGGUCCAUACAAUUUCCAUUCUAUGACCUUCUAUGGAUUUUCAAAUUUUUUUCCAGUGUAUAUUAACCUAAAGCAUGAUUUUAAUAUGAUUUAAAAAAUCAUAAUAUUGUAUAUAUAUAAUAAUUUUUUUAAUUCUUGUAAUAGGUAACAAAAUUCAGCCGUCGGGUUGCAAUGUUAUUUAUUUAAUUAAAACUAUCUAUUUAUCUAUUUAUCUAUCCAUCUAAUUGCUAUAUGGUAAGGUAAUUAAAUUUACGAUUUAAUUUUUUAGACUUUAGGCUCCUUCAAACAGUCUAUUAUCGAUACAGUGUAGUUAAACUUAGACUGGAACAAGUGAAAGAUGGAUCUGCUUUUGUUAUGACGCCAUUACCAAGUAAGUAUUCUGAGCAGUGCUGGAAAAUGUCCUGCUGCGGAAGGCAGCACCGCUGCCAGGAAAAUUUUAACAAAAUACUAGUGUACCUUCGCAGAUUUCCUACAGCUUGCAGGAAAUUUUUGUCAUCCUACUGGAAUGUCAUAUAAUUUACUUAUUGUUUAAAAAAUCGAGGAUUGAAGCUUAUCACAAUGUGCGAUAUCAUAUACUUACUCUAUGUAUGUCCUCUGAAAUUAUGCAUGCAGGACGUUUCAUAUUUGACUAGGAAAUUUUUAUUUUUGCAUUUUGCUACCAUGCAAGAAAGAAAAUAUAUUUUCAUUAUUAAUAUCUGGUUUUCUUAUAUGUCGGGGACGUUUAACCUAUUAUAUAGUCAUUUUUUCAAACAGUUCUUGCCGUGUCUUUUUCAAUUUGAAACUUUACACUAUCCUUGGAUCCCUAGUUUCAAAAUAUUGUAAUGCCUCCUGACAAAACGCAUUGCUCGCCAACUCGUGGGAUAAUGAUUCUGUAUAUAUUUUUCCACUUGCAGAUUUCACGAAACGCAUUGCACGCCGAAUCGUGGGAUAAUGACCUCGGAUAAUGAUAUAUAAAUUUGCACUUGCAGAUUUCACAAAAUACAUUGCUCGCCGAAUCAUUGGGUAAUGAUAUAUAAUUUUCCACUUGCAGAUUUCUAUUGUGUUUUUUUUUCAGAUUGUAUUUUGUUCAAGUCUUGUGACUCUUGUGUUAGCAGCAAGACACAGUUCUCGUGCAAAUGGUGCCCUGUGUUAAACAGGUAAGUCAUCUAUUGUAAAUAGUGCACGUUGAAACAUGAAAUAAUUUUAAUUAACAAAUUUACCAGCUGCCUCGUUUGACCACAACUAACUUGUGAUGACUUGCGGUAGCUUGCGAAUGGUUUGAGCGAUACGUUUGAACGAAAAGCACAAGUUAAUGGGCCACUUACCUUAUAGCGAUGCCCGCUAUGCAUGACGGUAGGAAUCGAACGACAUGGCGACUGUAGGAGCGAGUCAUUUUGUUUUGAAGAUGAAAUGGCGGAUUUUAACCACGUUUUGCAUCGAUCGAUAAAUUUUAUCCCCAUCAAAACAACAAGAGAGCUCUGAACUACAUGUAGAUGUAAUUUACAUCGUAUUGGCCAAUUGCUUGACAAAAAUACCCAGACGGACAUUCUAUUUCUUGACUUCGUUAAAGCCUUCGACUCAGUGGAUCAUGUUAUUCUCUUAAGAAAGCUGAAAGAUUACGGUAUCGCAGGAAACCUUUACAGAUGGUUCUUUGACUACCUGCAUAACCGUACCCAGCGAGUUGUUGUAGAGGGUGCUGCGUCGUCAUGGUCCCCCGUCACUUCUGGCGUUCCACAGGGAAGCAUCUUGGGUCCAAUGGUUUUCUUACUCUUUAUCAACGAUCUUCCUGAUGUCAUUCCUGAAUCUACAUCAACAGGACUGUAUGCUGAUGAUACCAAAUUAUAUAGAGAAAUCUCAACUCCAGAGGAUUGUUCACAGUUACAAGAAGCUUUGUCGUGUGCGGAUGUUUGGAGUAAGGAUAACAACAUCAACUUUAAUCCCUCAAAAUGUAAAAUAUUGACAUUCUCCCGCCGUAAAACAUCUUUUUUUCGAAUAUUAUCUGGGAUCAUCCGAACUGAAGCAUGUGAAUGAUGAAGUUGUUCUGAGAAUCACAGUGACCAGUAACCGGCACACUCUGUAUCUUUCGCUUGUCAAGUCGCAAUUAUGCUAUGCCACAGAGGUUUGGUCUCCCUCCCAAUAUAAUAACAAAUUAAGUCCAAAGGCGUGUAACAAGAUGGAUCCUUCAAUCGAAGAAAGGUGACAUGACCUACAAGGACAGAUUGCUGGCUCUGAAUCUUCUACCACUGGCGUUUGACAGGGAAAUUAAGGUUCUGACAUUUAUGUUUAAAAGUUUGCAUGGUUUUUAUGAUUUGGAUGUUUUCGAUUUUGUGUCAUUUGUUAAUCAUAGUCGUACCCGUAAUUGUAAUAAUCCUUCUCUGGUGCUUAAAGUUCCGUCAUGUAAAAGUAGCACUUUUCAGUCAUCGUUCUUCAACCGUAUUGUUCCACUCUGGAAUCAUACUUGCAAAAUUGCUUCUCCUAGAGAUCUUCGCAGUUUGGCAACGUUUAAAUCCUUAUCAAGAACAUACUUCAAUUUAUUAAGUAGUAGUUUUGAUGUUGACAUGUGCUGUACGUGGUCUUUGUAUCGUAGCUGUUCAUGCCAUAGAAAUAGUUCAUUCUGAUGUAAACAUAUACCAACUCCUCGUGUCAGGUUUUGUUUUAUCCUGAUUCAGCUUUCAAAUUUUUAACAUGAUUAUACAAAUCUGUAUGAUGCAUGAUAACUUAAAUGUGGUGCAAUAGCUUUCUAAUUUGAUAUUAAUCAGCUGGUAUAUGUUUACCAAUUUAUAAUAUUGUUGUAAAUAAUGAUAAUAGAUGUAAACAAAAUUCAAGAGGGAGAAUGCCUCGUAUGGGUCUUGAGUCCCGUUCGCACUCUUGCCGUUUGAACAUCGUUCAAUAAAGCUGUUAAAACAAUAAAACAAAACAAAAUUUCAUGACGUUACGUGUAUUAAUGGCGAAGAAAAUGCAUUGGCAAGGAGAUGACAUGUGAACACGUUUCGCAAAAAUUUCUUGCAAAAAAAUGAUCUCAAGAACAAAAACAGGUAAAUUCGCGUUUUAACUUAAAUCUGAAAUUUUUUGUCAAAAUUAACUUUCACUGAUAGUUGUUUGUAUUGAAUCUCUAGGUUGUUUGAAUUCGACAAGUUUCAGUUCAAAUUCGAGAUUUAAACUUUGUGAAUUUGAGAACUUUGUAAUGAUGAAAAUCAUUCCAGAGACCUAGCGUCUUUUUGUCCAUAUUUUAAGCUUAAAUUUACUCGAUCUGAAUAAGUUGACGCAAGAAUAGCAAGAAUAUUUUAUAGUAAAUAUGUUCUCUUAAUUUCAUCGUUUUUUAUAGUAAAUAUACGUAUUUAUAUAUAAUGAUUACAAAGUGGGAAAUUGCUUGAUCAUGCAGUUAAUCUUUAAUUGCAGAUGUACUACAGCAUCAAAUUUGGGUAGUAUUUUAUGCUUCAUUAGUUGAACCUUUUUCUUGUUUGAUUGCAAGAAAAUAGAUUUACCCAUCAUGCUUCAAGUUGUCUGUAAAUUUGGAUAUUUGAACAAUGUCAGAAAAUAUCGACGAAAUCGUUCCCAAUAAAAACGAAUUAAAGUUUUUCCACGUUUCCAAGCCCGAGGCGUCUCCUCUUGCAUGCACACUUUAUUUAGCGACGCUAGCCCCAACAACUACAAAAGUUGAUUUCCACAGGGGGCAUGCAUAUAAAAAAUAUUAAAAAGAAUAUAAAAAGGAAGGAAACUAAGUCUACUACUAUAUGUACAUUAUCAAAAGCUACUGUAAUCCACGAUGGUGCGUCCCAGAUAAAGAUAUGAUUAACUGAAUCCAGACUCGGUUAUUAACAUCAAAAAUUUUUGUUUUAUACAACUUUUAAAUAUAUAAAUUGAUUGAGCUUGCUUAGCUUCAAACGGAAGGUUAUUCCAAAGAUAAGCACCGAUAUUUAAAGCUUCUUUUGAGAAAUUCUCUGUUUGGCUUUGGAAGGGUCAGAUCAGUUUGAGAAUUUCUAAGAUUAUAAUUGUUUAGUAAAAUAUUCCUACUUAUGAAUUAAUCUUUCAGAGUUGGUGCAUUACUAUUACUCAAGACUUUAUAUAAGAAUGUUGCCUUGGUUAAGUACCAUCGUGUUUCCAAAUUUUCCCAGUCAAGAGUUCGAAGAACGUCAGCAGAUCUGAUCUCAUAACUGGCGCCAGCUAUUAUUCUGGCGGCCCGAUUCUGGAACUUUUGUAAAUUAUCUCUUAGUGUUUUGUUACAAACCCCCCAAAGAGGAGAGCAGUAGUCGAAGUAAGACUGUGCCAGAGCAUUAUAAAUUGAUAUCAAUUUGUUUGCAGGAACAUAGGGGUUGAUACGCUUUAAAAUUCCUAUGCCCGCACCGCCUUUUUUGCAAACCAUUUCAAUAUGUUCAUCCCAAUUCAAUGUUUCAUCAAGUUUAACUCCCAAACACGAGAUUGAGUGCACUCUGGGAAUCAGUUGAUCAUUAAUCAUUACGGGGAACUCAUUGCCAAUUUUAGCAAGAUUAUGAUUUGAUCCGACAUACCGGCAUUAACUUGAUUUUUGUUGAAUGAUGCUGCAGGUUGUUUUUGACCAGCCAUUGACUAACAUUGUUUAAAUCAUGAUUUAAAUUAGCAUUAAAUUUUACACAGUCUUUCGCAGAAAUGUGAAUCGUCAGCAUAUAAGCGUGGGGUUGACUUCUCAAGACAAUCAGGUAAAUCAUUAAUAUACAAUAAGAACAACAAGGGGCCCAAUAUAGAUCCUUGAGGGACCCCACAAACAAUCCUUUUUGGUGCUGACAUUGCGCCAUUAUCAAAUGACACUUGUUCCCUAUCAGAAAGAUAUGAUUCAAACAGUUUUAAUUAAUAUUUGAAAUCCCAAAUUGUUCUUUCAUUUUGCGCAAAAGAAUAUUAUGAUUAAUAGAGUCAAAAGCUUUUCGAAUAUCAAUAAAAACUACACCGACAUGUUUUCACUGCUGCAGUUAAACCUUCUUUUAAAUGGAAAUCAUUUAUUUUACAAUAUGUGCUUAAGCUGUAAUUUUUUCGCUUUUAAGUGGCCGAAUACAUGAGCACUUAAAAAAAUAUAGUUUUCUCGACGUACGUAAGUUUUAUACAUGUAAAAUAUUAACUUUCCGUCGCAUUUCUAUCAAAAUAUUGUCAAUUCUGGUGUACAUCGUGCUUAGUAUGAAGUCUUCAGGGCUUGAUGCAAUUCAUUUUCGUAUUCUGACUAUCGUUAGGCUAUGUUUUUCAAACGUUUUGGGCAGAUUUUUUCGUUUAAUUAAAAAUUGUUUCACUCCUCAGUUUUUGGCGCGAAAACCAGAGCGGGCAGUUACAUUUCACAGCGGGCAGUUGCGUUUCAGAGCGGGCCGAAUGAAAAAAACCCGGCCCGCUCUGAGAGGCUCCUCAGCCAAUCAGAUUGCUUCAUUUUCACUGAUAAAAAAUAAACAUCAAUACUCCACCUCUGUGUCUGUUGCGAUCUUUUCGAAUUAGGUGAAAACCACUAACGCUUAUUUCAACAUCCGAAAUUACCGACUCAUUAAUUUUAGAUUCAUUGAUAGCUAAGAUAUCUAGAGGAUUAUUUAGCAUAAUUACUCGGAGUUCAUCAAUGUGCUUGAGAGGCUAUUAAUAUUUAAGCUGCAAUUUUUAACCCUUUCAAAUUGUUUAAGUCAAUACGGGAGAAUUGAUUAUUAAUAUUAUUGUUAUCAUCACUACUUAUCUUGAUUGGGUCACACCAAGGUUCAGUCAGGACCUCCUUGAACGGUUGUUGGGUCUUUGGGGACUCAACAUCAUACUCAGAAUGUCCUCCAGAAAGCUCAGCCGUGCAGUUUUGUUGCGAAAAUCCUGAUUGCGUCUUUGUUUUGGGCUAGUAGUAGGAACAAAGGAAGUGUUUCCUCGUAAAAAUUUAAUAAAAUUGGCAGCCAAGUAUGCAGAACCUUUAGCAUUUAAAUGUAACAGACUACCGUUCAAGCAUGAACUGUCCAGGUUCCGGUUAUUUAUAAAAUUAAACUCGUUCUUAGUACAGAAUUCUUGAAGCCCAUAGCUGACUUUCGCGACCCGCUCUUCCAGAUUUAGAUCACGCCUUAACGUGAUACUAGAAAUACCAAUUGUAGAAUUAGGAAACUUAUUAUUAAUAUUUAUCGCCAGGCUUUCUAUAUCUUCUUGAUACAAACACUUGGAUUAUCUACUGGCAGGUUAUCCAAGCCAGCAUGCAAAAUAAUAUGUGAUGGAGGAUCGGACUUGAUAUUUUUGACUUUCCUUCUAGAUAAUUUCCUGGGAUGUAUAUUUUUUUAUUAUUGAGUCUCCGAUCAACAAGAUAGAUCCAUCGCCAUUGACGUCGGUAAUUGACUGACUUGCUGGACUCUGGUGUGAACAACGAUUCAUUGCCUAAUACUUGAGUCGAUUCGCCGGCUUCACUGGGGUCAUAAGACGCUUCGUUAACUUCGCUUUUGGGAGCCUGUGGAAUUUCUAUGAGGGGAUCUUGUGAACAGUCCGGUUUAUUAUAUUGCUGAUAAUUGUCUGUCUCCAUGCGAAACUGUGAGAUAAUUUCGGAAAGAUGAUCUACAGAGUGUGAUGGAGAUUGGAUUGCAACUCUGCUGAGCUCUUGGCCAGAUCGAAGAUCAUCAAUAUGGGAAUAGACAUCAAUGACUUUACAAAAAGUUGGCUGCCAGUUCCGUUUGGCUGUUCCCGUCUGCGCUUGUAGCUUGUGGACAUAUGUCCUCGUAGAUCUUCGAACAAAUUAAGUAGCUUUGUGUGUUUGCCCACCUCAUCCCCUACAAUAUGUAGCACAUUCUUGUUCUUUCGCAAGGAGAUAGACAUAUCAGCAGUAGAGAUAUCCCAGACACCAUCAAGCUUUAGUUCGUCGCUAAAAAAAUGUCUUUAAAGAAUCACAAUGGCCUUGCCAUGCAAAGCAUAAGUUAUAGCUUAAAAAUCCAUUUAUCAUUGAUCUAACUGUGACUAUAGUACAGUAAGAUUUUGUGUGUUAUUUGAUGAAAUAGCGGAGCUCCAAAAUACAUGUCCGUCUCUGAAAGCAGAGGAGGAUUACCAGAGGAGGAUUAAAAAAUAACACGAUGCUGGCAGCUUUUCGCCUUCUUUCGGAUGGCAUUUAAAAAGUAUUUUACAUAUUUAAAUGCCUGCAUUGAUUGCAUUUUUGCAACUUUGCAAAAUUACAAAAUUACAGAAUUACCCGCACAUGGGCCAAAUCGCCUUGCAAAUCCUUGUGAUACAGUAACUUGCGUAUCGCUUGAUCAGUCGCAUCACAAGUCAUGGCAAGCAAGUGCGAGUUUACUUGCGAUGACCUUGCGUUCUCGUUUGAUCAGGCCUUAUAGACGUGAGAUUAUGCAAACAGCUGUUUCCUGCAGAUAUAACUGCAACUAUACUCCCGUAGACUAGGUAACUCAGUUAUAUAUCGAUUCUGUAUCUUACAUUCUUAGAUGCUCUGAUGGAAUAGACCGCCACAGACAGAGCUGGCUGGUUGCUGGAUGUCAUAGAAACAGCAAAACUACAGUAAGUUGUUUGGGAGGUAAACUAUAGGAUUAGAUAGUGAGAUUUCAAUAUUUCCGUGCUUGCACGCGCACGCAUGAAAAACGUGUAAUUGGAAAAUAGCUUUAUUACUCGCUGGGGCACCUGUGCCCUGGCGAGUAUAGGUUUCGGCACACAUUUGUGGUGGAUUGGCAAUCUCCAAUAGUGGAUCUCCAAUUGUUGUCGAUAGCCACAAAAUAGAAUAUUAAUGAGUUGCCUAAUUUUUACCCAAAUUAUCCAAAAGGUUCCUGCCAAUUUUUACCCAAAUUCGCCAUAAAUAACCCUAAUUUUUGAGGAAAAUUCAAGAAUUUUACUAAAAAAACUAAAAAAGCCAAAGCUGCUUUUUAUUUGAACCAGUAUGAAUAUGUUCUUUUGAAACUGGUUUUUGAGUUUUUGUACGGCAUUGUCGAUUCAACGGUUAAUGCAAAUAAAUCCUGUUAUGGUAAAAAAGAUAUCUUAUAGCUCGACAAAAACAGAAAUACAAAGAUAGCGAUGCACAGCAACAAAUAUAUGAAAUAAAAACAUCUCUACUUGUGUGGAACUUCGCCGUCUGAAGGCCAAGCAAGCAUGAUAUUAAAUUAUAAUGUGAUCGUGACGUAUGGAGUAGAAUGCAGCCAUACAGGUGAAAGAGUUGGACGACUUAUGUAUAUAUUUCCCGAAUUCGCCUAGGUCUGUGGCACAGAAUAAAGUGAAAAUUAUACAUGUAUUCCCGCGACCAAAAUUAAGCCUGAGGGAAGGAAGAAUUUUUGCCUAUAAUUUUCAAUUUUUGCAUAUAAUUUUCAAUAUUUUUAGAAUUAGGCCGAAAUGCUAAAUUAAAUGUAAUUGAAUUAAACCCUGAUUUGUAAACAUGAAAGUAUAAUUUCAAACUACUUUCAAAGGACUAUAGAAUUUAUACUUCAGCUAUUGAAAUGGUUAUGUGGGUAACAAAAUAAGACCACUAUUUGACAUCUGUUACAUAUUAUGCACCCACCAUCGGCCAUCCCUGGGGGUUCAAGCCCGGGAUACCUGCAUGCUUGAUCCCUCUUGGCCGCCAUUGCUACUCUUUGUAAACAUCCCCAGAGCAGGAGCACAACACGAGGCUUUAUUACAAUAUCAAUAUAUCGCUUCCAAGAAGCAUCUUUAGUCGUUAAUCCAGGUACUGGGGAAAUUUUUAGAACAUAUAUACUAAUGGGAUUGGAAUUGUUCUCUUCCCCAAAACCAAGUACACCUAGAAAUAGUGGCCUAAUAAAAGGAAUUUAAUUGCCAUGCUUCCAUUAUUGUUUUGCUAUGAAAUUAAUUAGAAAAUUGUUUAUUAUUCACACGUGAGAUAAGCCAGUAGCAUAACACUUCAGGGUUCUACAGUACACCUAUGAAUAUAAGACUUGGGCUAUUUGUUCAUAAGCAUGGGAGGGCUUACAUACGGUGGGGGCUUGUAUAUAGUAGUCAUCGGCCGGGAAAAUUAAACAAUUCAAAAUGGCCACUAUCGAAAUUUUCCCGGGCGAUGACUACUGGCGGAGUACUAAGACCAGCAUUCCUCGCUUGCAUCAAAGCCUUGUGACGUCAUUAUGCAUAAGGUCUAUUAUGACCAAUUUUUAUGCCACCGGUUAAGUGAGAUGUAAACGUGAAAACGUUAAUGACUGUGCUAAUUGAUUUUGGAAAAUUCUGAGGACAUGCCUUGGCAAAACUUUGGCCACCUUACAUUCCUAUUAACAGUCCUGCCUUAUUUAUUAUUCGAAAAUACAAUUAAUAAAAAGUAAUAUCAUUUAUUAUUUAAAGAAAAAUUAGACUGUCAAUAUGCUGUCAGUAUAUACAGCUUAAAUAGCAGGAGGCAUGCAUUGAAUAGAGUAACAAUGCUAUAAAAUCUGGAGAAAACCUCAAAGCACAGCAGGGAACCAAUUAAACCACAACUCAUCUUACAUAUGUUUUAAAACCCCCUUACACAUUAUGUUGGUGCAGGGUAGUCACCCACCCUAAGUAUUAUACCACCCUUGACCGACAGUAGCAGGCUCAAAUUAACGACAAAGAACAGUAUGCUAACUGUAUCUGCUAAUGUAAAUAUGCUUUUAUAAGAACAGGUAUAAAGAUUUUGCAACAAGAGUCAGGUGACAACUCGUCAAUUAGCCAUUUGAUUGUUGUACUAUAUAUACAGUAAUGUGCAUAUUUCUAUAGCCCCAGCAAGUUAACGCUCCAUAGAGCGUCUUGUCAAAAUUAUAGAUUCAUGUCUGGCUGUUUCUAAAUCCUGACCCUAACCGCCUGACCCCAGGUCAUAAACAGCGAAACAUGAAUCUAUAUCCAGCCUUAAGGCAUGCACGUCCACUGACCACUAGCACUGAUGGUACAAUAAGAGAAAUAAUUGGCGUUCCAUGAUUUUGAGUUUUUGCUUACAAAUCAACUGAAAGAUUGUAAAAAUUAUCCGAAACCUGUUAUUAAUAAACAGAUUUUAAAAUUAAUUUCAGUGUCCUUCGAGGCCUACAAGAAAAACAAACACUAAACCACCAACACUAACAACAACACCAACAACAACACCAACAACAAGUUAUCAUUCAUCGGGACGAACAGGAGCUAACCAGAAGACAAAAUCCCGCGGUGGUCGUUCCUCAAGCAAACGUGCUGGUAUCGCUGUAUUGAUUGUGUUUUGUCUUCUCAUUUUCAUCGCUAUUGCAUGCUGGUUUGCAUAUGCGUAUACACAUCCAUUGUCGAAAUCUGGGAUGCUGUUGAUGCAGGUAAUGUAUUCUACAAGUGAUUAUGAUUAUUCAGCUCACUCCCGAUGGGGGAUUCUUCAGUGACUGAUUACAUCAAGUAUUACGUUUACUUAUACUGUAUGUAUACCAACUUAACCUGACUAUUUAUCUUUACAACAAUUGUGAUAUUACUUUCCUAACUAUGUUUAUUCUAACCCACCCUGACAACUUUCCUGUGGGAGGAAACCGGAGCGCUGGGAGAAAACCCACGACUUUUUCGGCAGAGGGGGCUGGACAGUCUUCUCUUUGUGCAGCCUGAAACGCAACAAUUAUAAUAAGGCAUCUUUUAAUAUAUAUUUAGCUCGCUCACUAUAACUUGUUGUCCCUCCAAACGUCCCUACAAACAUCAACUAGACCCAGUCCUUUGCUCGAUUGGGAAAUGGCUAAUUAUGUUCUUGUUUCUUGGAAGCAAAAUUACGUUCCAAGCGCAUUUUUUAACGUUUGUGUUUAUUUUCAGUAUGGUAACCCAAGAAAAUGGUGUGGAAAGUCAGGGAGUGGCUCAAGCGGUGGUGGAAAAAUCACAUUCAAAUCAAUGUCCCAUGAAAGCACUGCUUAG